UGGAAGAUGAACUUCGUGAUUUCCGCGUAAAACAAAAUCUGAAGUGUUAAUCCAGAAACUUUUACGACAUGCUCGGGAAAGCGUCUCAUUCAACCAUUUGUAUGGUGGCAUUUUCAAUUUUGUUUGGAUGUUUUAUCAGCAAAGAAGUUCAUGGCCAACUUGUAACCAAUGAAGUGAUCGCCGGCGAGGAUGGAGACACCGAGGCGUUGGCUCAGCUCGGCCGGUUGAUCGCCUCGCGGGCCCCGGUACCGACCGAUCUGAUCUUCGUUCUCGACGCCACCCAGAGCGUCAAACAGGACCGAUUUCAGCAAAUCGUACUCAAAUUAGUCCGGGAUUUCACCUCGGUUUUCCCGCUUGGGUACAACCAAACCAGGGUUGCUGUCGUGGUGUUUGCGGGAUGCCAAAGGGUACGGACUGGGGUAGAUUUUAUCGUUGACGAUGGGGCUAGGGGUGAGGGGGAUUACUCGAGGUGCUCGCUGAUACAAUCGUUGGAGCAUGUUGAGUUUCUUGGAGGUUCCGGCUCAUGUUUAGGUAGAGGACUUCAUAUGGCCGAGAAGCUUCUUGCGUCUGGAAGAUCAUAUGCAGAAAGGUUAGUGGUCACUCUUACGGACGGUCGUGCCCGUGGUGACACGGCCCCGACCGAGGUUGCUGAACGCAUGCGCCAAGAGGGAGCGACAGUAGUUGCGUUCGGAAUCGGCAAUGGAGUGAACAAGAAAGAACUGAUUGCCAUGGCAACGCAAGAAUAUAGUUUUUUCUUUAAGAAGUGGGAAGAUGUGACCCCACUUUCAACUGGUCUAACUGAAGACAAGAGACCAAAUCAACUUAUAGUGAAUGUCAGUGCCAAUCAUUGUAGCCGGCUCUGUGACGGGCCAAGUGGCAGUGGGUGUUGUGGCGGCUCUGCACGGUGCGUCUGUCACGUCGACACGGGGGCGUUUUCAUGUAGUUCCUCGAUGUGUCCGCUAGGCUACGCUGUAAUUGGGGGAAACUGUGCAUUUGUAGCUGAUUCUGUGCCGUCAUGUUCGGCUCCAAGGUCACCACCAAAUGGUCAGGUGUUCUGCAUCGACCCAAACUUGGCUCUGGGUUCAACCUGUACAUUCAGUUGCGAUUUUGGUAGAAUUGCAGUUUCAUCGAUCGUGUGUGAAGUUACCGAAGAUGGAGACGCUGUGUGGGUUGGUGAGACAUCUAUCUGCCAAGCAAACUCAAACCUGGUACCUCCAGCCUGGCUCAACUGCCCCGUCAAUGUGAUCCUACCAGCGGACCAUCGGCGUUCCACUACCAUGGUAACUUGGCCUAUUCCUCGAGCUGUCGAUCAAUCCGGCAGUCGGCUUAUCACUACAUCAACCAUAAAGCCACCAGUGUUAUUGGGGGUUGGAGUGACUAAAAUCAAGUAUAAUGCUGUCAGUGGAAAUGGGAUGUUAGCAGAAUGCUCAUUCAACGUUGAGAUCAUUGAUGAAGAGCCGCCACUCCUGCUCUUAUGUCCAGCGGACAUUACAAAGACGACGGACACCCAGACCAUGUGGGUGGCGUGGGACCCCCCAAGGUUUCAGGACAACAAGGGCAUCUCAUCAACGGACACAAAUAGUCAGGCGGAUGGCAUUAUAGCCUCAUUAGAUGCACAGAAGGACGUGUGGUACCAGGCUAAGGAUGCUGCUGGAUACAACGUUUUUUGUAACUUCACAAUUUUUCUGAAAGCUUAUGAAUGUUCCUACAUGGAACCACCUCUCCAUGGGGCUUUGGUAUGUGAGAGUUGGCUAGAUGGGGGUACCCUGUGCGUCGUUUCAUGUCAGGAGGGGUACACCUUCAGCCAAUCGCCGGCUUCUAUCUACGUGUGUUCGGAUUCGUCAUCUAGUGAAGAAACGCAUGAAUGGCGAGGGCUUGAUCUAGCUACAGCAACUCUUCAGGAUGUCGGGGCGUCUUGGCCUCAAUGUUACAAAAUAGUCGGCACUGACGAAACAGGGCCAUCAGGGAAAUCCAUUCAUCAGUACGAACGUCCAUGCAACACUGAAGACACAAAGACUGCACUCCGUAAGAAGUUCUUACGACUGUUCCGCAAGCUGGAUCGAGACAUUGCAGGAUUCUGUGGCGAUGGAUGCGAGGAGGAUGGUAUCCUUGUGUCUUGUGGGGUGCAGUAUUUGGCGGAUGCGGAGAACCAGGGAAGAGGAGAUGUAGAGAGAUCUAGAAGAGAUGUUGAUGAAGUGCAUGGUGUUUCUGACCAGGUUCCUGCCAAGUCAAGAAAAUCCAAUAUUCUUUCAAAUGAACUUGUCUUGAGACUUCACCAACGUCUGUUGAGUGACGACGAUGGGUCUCUGAGGAAGUCAACUGCUCCCUUCUUUGAGACGGAAGACUUUGGUGCUGCUGCUUCUUCCUCCCAGCAAGGAUUAGUUUGUGAGCCAGGGCAAAUCAAACGACGAUUCAGAUGCUUGAAAUGUCCUUUAGGUACUCGGCACAAUCCAGACGCUGGUGCCUGUGUGUCAUGUCAGCUUGGAACCUAUCAGAACGAACAAGGGCAGAUAUCUUGCAAGGAUUGCCCAUCAGGAACCACUACAAGAGGUCCAGGUGCCAGACAACCCAGCCAGUGCUUGAGACUGUGUGCAGUCGGCACUUCUUCUCCGACAGGUCUGCAACCGUGUGUCGCAUGUCCCACUGGCACAUUUCAAUCAGCAGAGGGCGCUAAGUCCUGCCAACAGUGUCCAAAUAAUAGUUCUACACCAGAACAGGGUUCAAGAAGUUCUGGGGAUUGUUCAAGGCCUUGCGACGCUGGUACUUUCUCCUUCACUGGUAACACCCCUUGCAUACCAUGUGCACCAAGUUUCUACCAACCUAGGAAAGGACAGCGAGUUUGUCUGCCUUGCCAAGACGGCAUGACAACAUCCGAUAUAGGAACCAUGCUCAAGACCUCCUGCAUAGUGAAGGUAUCUUGUCAUGACGUCCCGUGUCGAAAUGGCGGCACCUGCAUAGCAAGAUCUGACAUUCAUAAUUAUUGUACUUGUCAAAGUGGUUUCACUGGUGUGAGCUGCGAAAUCAACAUCAACGAUUGUGACGAAAGUUUCUGUCUGAAUGGGGGCACAUGUCGAGAUGAGGUGAAUGGUUACCAGUGUGAAUGCGCAGUAGGAUUCACGGGUACCAGCUGCGAAACCAACAUCAAUGAAUGUAAUGACACUCUGUGUAGAAACGGAGGCUCAUGUCAAGAUGAGGUGAAUGGUUACCAGUGUGACUGCUUGGUAGGAUUCACGGGUGCCAGCUGUGAAACCAACAUCAAUGACUGUAAUGACACUCUUUGUAGAAACGGAGGCGCAUGUCGAGAUGAGGUGAAUGGUUACCGGUGUGACUGCCUGGUAGGAUUCACGGGUACCAGCUGUGAAACCAACAUCAAUGACUGUAAUGACACUCUGUGUAGAAACGGAGGCGCAUGUCGAGAUGAGGUGAAUGGUUACCAGUGUGAAUGCCUGGUAGGAUUCACGGGUACCAGCUGUGAAACCAACAUCAACGACUGUAACGACACUCUGUGUGUAAAUGGAGGCACAUGUCGAGAUGAGGUGAAUGGUUACCGGUGUGACUGCCUGGUAGGGUUCACAGGUACCAGCUGUGAAACCAACAUUAACGACUGUAAUGACACUCUGUGUAGAAACGGAGGCACAUGCCGAGACGAGGUGAAUGGUUACCAGUGUGAAUGCUUGGUGGGAUUCAAGGGUACCAACUGCGAAACCAACAUCAAUGACUGUAAUGACACUCUGUGUAGACACGGAGGCACAUGUCGAGACGAGGUGAAUGGUUACCAGUGUGAAUGCCUGGUGGGAUUCACUGGAGUGGAUUGUGGAACCAAUAUAAACGAAUGCGAGUCAGAUCCCUGUCUGCAUGGGAGUACAUGCCAGGAUGGACUCAACUCUUACCGAUGUCAAUGCAUGGCUGGAUUCAACGGGACCAACUGUGAAGUAAAUGCCAAUGAGUGUGCCUCUGGGCCGUGCCAAAAUGGGGGGACCUGUCUCGACGGGAAUGGGGAAUUUAACUGUUCCUGUACACCAAAGUUCAGCGGGCAUCUAUGUGAGGAGCGCAUUAAUCUCUGCGAGAAUCACCCCUGUGUCAAUAAUGGAACAUGCCUAGAGGCUGAGAAUGGACCGUCUUGCAUAUGUGCCGUAGGCUUUACGGGACCACAUUGCCAGGUUGAUGUCGACGACUGUUUAUCAUCACAAUGUGAGAACAAUUCUACCUGCGUAGAUGGCAUCAAUGAAUACAUGUGUGAAUGUAGGGCUGGCAUUAGUGGCAUCAACUGCGAGUUUAUUGAUCAUUGUUACUCUGAUCCAUGUGAGAAUGCUGCGACCUGUGUGAGCCAAUCAAAUGGUUUUCAUUGUAACUGUAAGUUUCGCUACACCGGCCUCCGUUGCCAGACACCGAUCCCUCGAUGUACCCCAACCACCUGCCUGAACGGAGCCAUCUGCCUCAACCGCCUCAAUGGUCCUUGGUGCCGAUGUAAGCCGGGAUUCAGAGGGACUGCCUGUGAGAUCAACGUGGAUAACUGCCUCAGGGCGCUCUGUCUGAAUGGGGCAAGGUGUGUGGAUGGGGUGACCUCAUACAGAUGUGAAUGUCUGGCAGGGUUUAACGGCAUACGAUGCGGGACCAAUAUCGAUGAGUGUCGAUCAAAUCCAUGUAAGAAUGGAGCCACAUGCGUUGAUAGAAUCAACUCCUUCAGCUGUUCCUGCCCGGAUGGAAUCACCGGGCAAACCUGUGAGAUCACUCCCAACUUCUGCUCAACAGAUCCCUGCAGAAACAACGCAUCUUGUGUGAACGAGAGAACGGAUUAUCGCUGUCAGUGUCCGUUGGGAUUCACCGGACGAGACUGCCAGAUUGACGUUGACGAUUGCGAAUCGGCGAUUUGCGAUAACGGAGGGACAUGUGUGGAUGGUGUUGCCGGGUACCGGUGCCAUUGCUUGGACGGGUUCGCAGGACCAGACUGUGAAAGUAACAUCGAUGAUUGUGUGAGUGAACCGUGUCGAAAUGGAGCAACUUGCGUUGAUAAUGUCAACUCUUUCAAUUGUCUGUGCAUCGAUGGAUUCACUGGAGAGUAUUGUCAGGAUAUCCGAGAUCCGUGUGCGUCUGGACCUUGUCUUAAUAACGGAGAAUGUCAGGACAAUGAUGGGGAUUACUCCUGUGUUUGCCCUUUCAACUACCGCGGUACAAACUGCCAGACACUAAUACGUCCAUGUGAGUUGCACAACUGCACCAACGGGGGUACAUGUGAGGACCACCCAGAGGGACCUGCACGCUGUCUAUGUGCCGAUGGCUUCACCGGUUACCGAUGUGAGCUGAGUACCGAUUACUGUGCGAGCAGUCCGUGUUCUAAUGGGGCUACCUGUGAGAACAAUGCAACGAGGUUUGUCUGCGAGUGCCCAGACGGCUUUGCCGGGACCACCUGCCUGUGGGAUGUCAAUGAAUGCCAGUCAGGUCCGUGUCAGCAUGGUGGGACAUGUCAUGAUCAAAUCAACGCAUUUCGUUGUAACUGCACAGAGGGCUAUACAGGAAAUCUUUGUGAAAUACGCAUCAACCCGUGUGACUCAUCGCCAUGUCAGAACGAGGGCCUGUGCGCUUUUGAUACGAUCACGCCAUGCCGAGAUAACGUCUCUUGCGUUGGAUUUAGUUGCUUGUGUCUUACAGGGUUCACAGGCACUAGCUGUGAGAUUGAUAUAGAUGACUGCCUCAGUGAUCCAUGUAGAAAUGGUGCAACUUGUAUCGAUGAAAUCAACGCUUUUUCAUGUGUCUGUAAUCCAGGGUAUCGCGGUCAGAAUUGUGCGGUAAACAUCAAUGAUUGCGCAGAUCAACCAUGUAGAAACGGCGGGGCAUGCGUGGAUGGGGUCAACGACUUCUGGUGUGCGUGUAACCCGGGAUUUACCGGGAGAUAUUGUCAAACUAAUAUUGACGAUUGUACAGGAAUACUGUGUAUGAAUGGUGGUACGUGCGUAGAUGAUGUGGAGGAGUUCUUCUGUCAGUGUGCUGUGGGUUUCAAUGGGGACCUUUGUGAAGAUGAUAUCAACCAUUGUGAAGGCGAGCUGUGUCUGAACGGAGGUGUUUGCGUCGAUGGUGUUGAUGGAUUUUGGUGCGAUUGUGCCCCUGGAUUUAACGGUACACAGUGUGAAGGAAAUGUUGAUGAUUGUGAGGGGGAGCCGUGUCAGAAUGCAGGCCUGUGUCUUGAUGGCGUCAAUAAUUUUACUUGUCAAUGUUUUCCGGGUUUCACUGGCGAUUUCUGUGAAAUUGACUUUGAUGAAUGUAGCAGUUUCCCUUGUCAGAAUGCAGCACAAUGCCUUGAUGGAAUCAACAACUUCACUUGUCGAUGCCUGCCGGGCUUUACCGGUGAUUUCUGCGAAAUUGACUUUGACGGAUGUAGCAGUUUCCCUUGUGAGAAUCAGGCUCUAUGUAUUGACGAAACCAACGGUUUUUCCUGCAUUUGCUCAGCAGGAUUUGAAGGUUUACUCUGCGAUAUCUACAUUGACAAUUGUCAGUCACAACCUUGUCUUAACAACGGGACCUGCGUUGAUGGAAGCAACGGCUUCACGUGUGAUUGUCCUGUAGGGUGGUCUGGUCCUUCUUGUCAGGUUCGUCUUUACUGCGUCCCGAACCCUUGUAUGAAUGCCGGGAGCUGUAUCGAGGAAGACACGGGCUUCAGAUGUUUAUGCGUUGAUGGGUUCUCGGGGGAUAUGUGCCAGACCCAGGUUGACGACUGUGCGGUGGAUUUGUGCAGUAAUGGCGGCCGAUGUGUAGAUGGCAUCAACAGCUUUAGGUGUGAGUGCACGGCCGGUUUUACAGGGAGGCUCUGCCAGUUGAGCAUCGCCGACUGCCGGUUUAUCCCGUGCCGUAACGGAGGAAGGUGCAUCGGGGGGAGCUGUCGUUGUCUACCGGGUUUUGGAGGUCAGCAUUGUGAGGAGUAUCUUGACGAUUGUUUCUCUCGGCCGUGUAAGAAUGGCGGGCAGUGUGUGGAUGGUGACAGGGACUACCUUUGUCGCUGUAUCGCUGGAUUUACUGGCAAGAAUUGUCAAGUGGACUGGGAUGAAUGUGCUUCUGCUCCAUGCCUAAAUGAUGGCAUCUGCUACGAUGACAUUGAAUCGUAUAUAUGCGAAUGUCCAGACGGAUUCACAGGAAUGAACUGUGAAGUCAACUUUGAUGAUUGCGCCUCUAACCCUUGUUUGAAUGGAGCUGAAUGUGAGGACCAACCAAGGGGUUUUAAUUGCUACUGUCCAGAGGGUUACCAUGGCAAACGUUGUGAGGAGCGAGUGGACCCAUGUGAUUCUCCCCCGUGUCUGAACGGCGGGCGAUGCACCCCGGUGCAUGAGAACAAUACCUUCCAUUGUCUCUGUCCUCGCGGUUACCAGGGACCGCUGUGUGAGGAGGACAUUGAUGAUUGUCUGGAGCAUAUGAAGGAAUGCUUGAAUGGAGCCAUGUGUGAAGAUAGAGUGGAUGGCUUCGUGUGUCGAUGCACGCCGGGAUAUACAGGUGUUCAUUGUGAACUUAAACUAUCGUCUGAUUUUGACCUGAAGUUCGGCCCAUCAACUUCACCGCCGGUCAACCUAAUCCACGUACAGCCCGACCUUUACGAGUUGACCUUAUCGCUAUGGAUACGACCUGAGGAUGCUGUACAGAGGGGAACCCUUAUGUGUUAUGUCGUUUACAACGAGACAAACUCUUCCUCUGCCAUGGAGGAAGCGUUUAGUCUCAGACAUUACAGGGAUCCAGUCAUCGAGCUGAAUGGAGAGACAGUCAGAAUGGACUUCAGGCCGAAAAGAGAAAUGAACUGGCAUCACAUUGCAUUCACGUGGGAGAGCGAGACUGGCGCCUGGAAUUUCUACUUUGAUGGGACAUUACGCAGACAGGGUACCGGACUGCAGAUGGGUCGUUUCAUUCAUGGAGGAGGGUUGCUGGUCGUCGGCAAGGAGCAUGAUGGGAUGCACGGGCAGGAGGAGGAGUCGGGUAGAUUCGUUGGUCGAUUGAGCCAGGUGAAUCUUUGGCAGUUAGCUCUAAGUGAUUCAGAGAUUCUGAGGCUGUAUGGAAGUUGUGGUCUGGAUAUGGGAGAUGCCAUGGCCUGGCCACAGACUCUACAAGAUAGAGUCAGCAGGUAUCGAUUUCAGCCGUCACAGAUCUGCAGAAGAAUCGAUGACUGUAUGACGUCACCGUGCCUUAACGGUGCCACCUGUCAUGAUGGGGUCCAUGGUUACACCUGUGACUGCCCCGAUGGAUAUAAAGGGAUCAACUGUCACAUUGAGAGUUCUAGCUGUAUGAAAGAUACCUGUUUGAAUGGUGGACAGUGCUUUGAUGGACCCAGAGGGACCGCGUGCCAGUGUGUGGCUGGAUUCAGAGGAACACAUUGCGAAGAGGCUCUGGAUCGCUGUGAGUUAAUCCGAUGCAGAAAUGGAGGAUCUUGUCACGUUGAUCGGGGUCAACCAAUAUGCAUGUGUUUGAAUGGCUUUAGAGGACCAAGAUGUAGUAGCGAUAUUAAUGAGUGUGCUUUCAACAAUGGCGGAUGUCAACACAUGUGUACUGACACGCAUGGCAGUUUCCAGUGUAGCUGUAAUCUGGGAUUCUCUCUACAGCCGGACGGCAAAUCAUGCGUCGAUUCAAGAUUCUGCAGGCAAGGUGAUGUUCUCAGACAGGCCGAUGCUGAAUGGGAAGAGGAUUGUAUGCAUUGUCGAUGUGUAGACAGUACCAUCACAUGUACACCUCUAACAUGCUUUGAUCCUGUAUGUCCCAUGGGACAAGAAGCAGUUCAAGAAGUAGGGUAUUGCUGUCCAGUCUGUCCAUCCGAUAAGCUUUCAUGCACCGUCGAUCCUCAGGGAAACUUUCAAUCCUUUGAUUUCUACUCGUACCAGUUCUUUGGCAACUGCCGUUACACACUGGCCAAAGAUUGUUCAACAGGAAGUUUCAGCAUUCACGUCGAGCUAGAGCGUAAGGGUUACCUUCCUUCACCGACCGGCACGACACAACGGAAGCUCGCCUUUGUGUAUCUCAACGGCAUCAAGAUUGAAUUACAAUCAUCAGGAGUUAAAGUUGGCGGUAGAUUUGUAAAUCUACCGUACGUCACUGGUGUACAUGAUGAUUUAAAGAUUGUGCGGAUAAGCAGCUGCCAUGUUAAGGUGACGUCGGCGAACGGUCUUGUUGUUGUUUUUGGUUCCGAUGGUGACAUCAACGUGUCUUUACCGAGGUCCUACAGAAGGAAGCUGUGUGGUCUUUGUGGCAACAUGAACGAUAAAAUGAAAGAUGAUAGUCUGACCAAGCAGCAGCUUCCGAGUCGCACCGUCAAGGAAUUCAUCCACAGUUGGAAGGUCAACGGAUACGAGCAUUGUUACCUCUCGGCGAUCGUCCCUCGGUCGCUAUCCGCACCGAGAGUUCGUUUCAGUCGCCUUCCGGCAUGUGUUGACCUAAGCUACGGGAGCUGGAAGGAAGCCCUGGUGAAGUGCGACAUCUUGAAGGAGCCGACGUUCGCCGAGUGUCGAAAAGUCGUCGAUCCGAGGAGGUUUUAUGAGCUGUGUCAGCAAGAUGCGUGUUCUUGUGGCGGUAACGAGCCGUGUUAUUGUGAAGCGAUUGCGGCGUACGCUCAGGAGUGUAGGAGGAAUGGCGUUAUUAUUAGAGACUGGAGAAACAGCACCGUAUGUGGUAUCGAGUGUCCAGAGACGAUGAUAUUCGACGACUGUGGCCCUCCGUGCAUAGAGACAUGUUUUAACACGCCUUCUCUAACGACCGAGAUGUGUCGGAAGUUACCCUGUGUGUCUCGCUGCCAAUGCGCAGCUGGCUUGGCCUACCAUAAGAAACAGUGCAUCCUAAAAUCAACUUGUCCUAAUCUUAAUGAACCAACAGGGGAGUAAACACCUCAUUGCACUGAUGAUUAUCUAAGAUGUUUUUGCUAAAGGUGGGGGAUGAUUCAAGACUACACCCAAGUCAGACUUUUGUCAAGUGUGUGUUCGUCUACGUCCAA